AUGGCUUGUUCGUCAAACCGUCAAAAGUCUGAAGAACAUAAAGUGGACGAUACGGCUAUUACUCAGCUGUCAACCUCACAACCAUUGGCCUCCCCUGUGGUGGCUAAGAAAAGGGAGAAAGACGGAAAUACAAUCGAAUAUCCUUACAAUCGAACAUCCUCACAAUCGGACAUCCUCACAAUCGGACAUCCUCACAAUCGGACAUCCUCACAAUCGGACAUCCUCACAAUCGGACAUCCUCACAAUCGAACAUCCUCACAAUCGGACAUCCUCACAAUCGGACAUCCUCACAAUCGAACAUCCUCACAAUCGAACAUCCUCACAAUCGGACAUCCUCACAAUCGGACAUCCUCACAAUCGGAAAUCCUCACAAUCGGACGUCCUCACAAUCGAACAUCCUCACAAUCGGACGUCCUCACAAUCGAACAUCCUCACAAUCGGACGUCCUCACAAUCGAACAUCCUCACAAUCGGAUAUCCUCACAAUCAGACAUCCUCACAAUCGGACAUCCUCACAAUCGGACAUCAUCACAAUCGAACAUCCUCACAAUCGAACAUCCUCACAAUCGGACAUCCUCACAAUCGAACAUCCUCACAAUCGGACAUCUUCACAAUUUGGAUUUCCAGGAUUCCCGAGGACGUUAGGCUGGAGAUCCCAAGAUAA